AUGAUAAGUGAGGAUGAUAAUGGUGGUGAUGAUGAUGAUGCCAUGAUAAAUGAGGAUGGUAAUGAUGGUGGUGGUGAUAAUGAUGCCAGGAUAAAUGAGGAUGAUAAUGUUGGUGAUGGUGAUGAUGCACUGAUAAAUGAGGAUGAUAAUGAUGGUGGUGAUGAUGAUGCCAUGAUAAAUGAGGAUGAUAAUGAUGGUGGUGGUGGUAGUGGUGAUGAUGAUGCCAUGAUAAAUGAGGAUGAUAAUGGUGGUGGUGGUGAUGAUGAUGCUAUGAUAAAUGAGGAUGAUAAUGGUGGUGAUGAUGAUGAUGCCAUGAUAAGUGAGGAUGAUAAUGGUGGUGGUGAUGAUGAUGCUAUGAUAAAUGAGGAUGAUAAUGAUUGUGGAAUUCAGAAUUGUGGUCGAAUCCUUCACAAAGAGGUAACAGGAGAAGAAGAAGAAGAAUUGACGAAGAAGGAUGAGAAGAAGAAGAAUUGA